GCGUCGGCCAUUUUGGUUUUUUUUCCAAUUCUUUCAAAGCUAGCCAACCAGCUCCCGGGCUCGAGCGCGCGCGCCAUUGUGCUUUAUUAUUAUUUUCAUUCAAAGCUUUCAGAAAGUCGUUUCGCGAUACAGAAAACUGACGCUCGGAUUUAUUUCACAAAACUGGCCAGUGGGUUAAUUUUUACGGAAUCAGGACUGAAGCAGAACCGAGUGGAUUCAACGCGCAAAUAAGUUGCUGUCUCUCUGCGUGAAGACAUGGCGACCGCAACCCCGAGCCGCGCUGCCGCCGAAUCUGGCCGUGCGACUGGCUCUUCGACGCCGCUCUCCCCGACCCGCAUCUCCCGCCUGCAGGAGAAAGAGGACCUCCGGCACCUAAAUGACCGACUGGCCGUCUACAUCGACCGCGUCCGCUCUUUGGAGCUGGAGAACAACCGGCUCUCGUUGAAGGUCUCGGAGAAGGAGGAGGUCACAACCAGAGAGGUGACCGGGAUUAAGUCUCUCUACGAGGCUGAACUGGCGGAUGCUAGACGUGUCCUUGAUGAGACGGCGAGAGAGCGAGCAAAACUCCAGAUUGAUUUUGGCAAGGUCAACUCCGAGCUCGAGGAAGUCACUAAGAUCUAUAAAAAAAAGGAUGGUGACCUGGCUUUGGCUCAGGCCCGUAUCAAAGAUCUGGAGUCCCAGUUUAACCAGAGCGAAGCGUCACUUGCUACAGCUCUCGGCGAGAACUCAGCCCUCGCUGCAGAGAUCAACAAUCUGAAGAAGCUGCUGGCAAAGGCCGAAGAUGCUCAUGCCGUCGCUAAAAAGCAGCUGGAGACUGAGACGCUGAUGCGUGUGGAUGUUGAAAACCGCUGCCAAAGUCUGGGCGAGGAACUCGAGUUUAGGAAGAGCAUGUUCGAGGAGGAGGUUCGUGAGUCAAGGAAGCGCCAUGAGAGGCGAAUGGUGGAGGUGGACAGUGGAGUAAAGCAGGAUUACGAAUACAAGCUUACCCAGGCUCUUCAGGACCUCCGCAAGGAGCACGAGGAGCAGGUCAAACUCUACAAAACUGAGCUUGAGCAAACCUUCCAGGCUAAGCUGGAAAAUGCCAUUGUGUCCUCUAAAAUCAAUGAUGCGGAAGUAUGCACAGCACGCGAGGAGCUGCAGGAGGCUCGUGUCAGGAUCGAGGGGCUGACCUAUCAGCUCUCUGCACUCCAGAAACAGGCAGCAUCAGCAGAGGAGCGUUUGCGCGAGCUGGAGGACCUGCUGACCAGCGAGCGCGACAAACACCGUAGAUUAAUGGAAGGCAAGGAACGCGAGAUGGCCGAGAUGCGGGAGCGCAUGCAGAUGCAGCUGAACGAGUAUCAGGAGCUGCUGGAUGUAAAGCUUGCCUUGGACAUGGAGAUCAAUGCGUACAGGAAGCUGCUGGAGGGAGAGGAGGACAGGCUGAAGCUGUCUCCCAGCCCUGCCUCACGGGUCACUGUUUCCCGAAGCAUGGCUGCUAGCAGCAGCUCUUCCCGCUCGACCCGUGCGAAGAGAAAGCGCAUGGAAGUGGAUGAUGAGACUUCCGGCGCUCCCGGUUUCCGUGUCAGCCAGCACGCUGAGGCAACAGGCUCAGUCAGUAUCGAGGAGCUCGACCUCGAGGGCAAGAGUGUCACCCUCAAAAAUAACUCCAACAAGGAUCAGUCUCUGGGUAGCUGGCGGCUGAAGAGGCGAGUUGGAGAGGGAGAGGAGAUUGUCUACAAAUUCAGCCCUAAGUUUGUCCUUAAAGCAGGACAGACAGUUACAGUGUGGGCGGCAAAUGCAGGCGUGGCUCACAGUCCUCCCUCAGACCUGCUGUGGAAGAGUCAGAGCAGCUGGGGCAGUGGAGAUGAAACGGUCACCCUGCUGGUCAAUUCAGAUGGAGAGGAGGCGGCGAAGCGGACGGCCACCAAAAGCCUGGUAGAACUGGAGAAUGGAGAUGAUGAGAACGGAGACUUUGGAGAUGAGGAUCUGUUUCACCAGCAGGGCGAUCCGAAGACCAGAUCCAGAGAAUGUGCUGUCAUGUGAGGGAGUUUCACCACCACAGUAUCCCCUCCCCCAUUGUUCCCUUAGAGCCACUAAUUUUUAUAUUCUUCUGCCACAAAUUUAAAAUAACCCCCUCCCUGCCAGUGUCACUGGCGUGCAGUUUUUACAGACCUCGUUUUUUUAAAAUCCAGGUUACCACGUACUGAUUACAAAAAAAAAAUAUUUUAAUGGCUGAGCAUCGAAAUAAUGUUCUUUCUUGGUCUUUUUUUGAUAAGUAUCAAAGGGAAGUUGGGAUAUCUUCUACAUACAUGCCUCACCUCUCUGUAAUAGAGGUUUUUACAAUAUAACAGCAGGAAAUGUGUAUGUAUUUUUUAAAGUAAGUGUAGUAGAAUGUAAAAGGUCCGCUUGGUGGUGCAGUGAUGUGCGCCAUCAAUUGGUUGUUUAGCUAGGAUGAGAAAUGUUUUUGAGAUGCUUCGCUUCGAGUCGUUACUUAGUUUACAGUACGUUAAAACUGACCGCUCGCUGCCACUUA